GAAAAAUGAAAAGAAAAUAAAGCCAAAUCCUAAAAUACCUAACCUAGGGUUUGACUGAAACAUGCAAAUCGCGUGAAAUCCAGAGCCGAGUUACCGAUUCCGGCGAGUUCGGUUGCCGCCGGCGCCAGCUCGGACACCGAUCCUUCAAUGGUCGACAAUUUGGCGCCAAAUUCGCAUUGGAACCUCGCCAAAACCACUUGUAUUGACAGCGGAAAUAGCGGUUUUGGAGAGAGAAAGUAGGGUAGAGAGAGAGAAAGAGUGGGCGGGGUGUUUUUCGAACGUUGGGAUCGGAGGGCAAAAGGGGUAAUUUUUGAGGGAAUUGGGAGGGUUUGAUUUGGGUGGAUUUUCCAGUUUUCUGUGAUUGUCGGAAUUUGGAUUUUUUUGCAUGCAAUCUGGUGGUGGGCCCGGCCGGAAUCCGGCGGUGGGGCCGCCGGGAAGGGCCACGUCGACGUCGUCUGCGUCGCCGUCCUCUUCUUCGUCUGCGGUGUCGACGCCUCACCUAGGGUUUGAUUCCAUACAACAGCAGCAGCAGCAGCAGCAACAGCAACAGUCUAGGCAGUCAUUACAACAGCAACUACUACGAAAACCUGAAGGAAAUGAAGCCCUUCUAGCAUAUCCAGGUGGUGGUCUACAGGGAGUCAUGGGAGGGGGCAAUUUUGCAUCAUCUUCCGGCUCCAUGCAACUACCACAGCAGCCCAGGAAGUUCAUUGAUUUGGCUCAACAACAUGGUGCCCCCCACAUUAGAGAGGACAACCAGAACAAGAGUCAAGGUGUGGAGCAACCAGUUUUAAAUCCUGUACAUCAAGCUUAUCUGCAAUAUGCUUUCCAGGCUGCCCACCAGAAGUCGGCUUUGGGAAUGCAACCCCAACAGCAUGCUAAAAUGGGAAUGGUUGGUCCUCCAUCUUGGAAGGAUCAGGAUGCCCGGAUGGGAAAUCUGAAAAUGCAGGAUCUCAUUUCCAUUCAGGCAGCAAACCAGGCUCAGGCAUCAUCAUCCAAGAAGCCAGCUGAACACUUCGCUCGUGGUGAGAAGCAGAUGGAGCCAGUACAGGCUCCCAUUUCGGACCAGAGGAGUGAGUCAAAACCACCCACAAUGCCGACAGCAGUUGGACAGUUAAUGCCUGGAAAUGUUACAAGGCCUAUGCAGUCUGUGCAGAAUCAACAAAGCAUCCAAAACAUGGCAAACAACCAGCUUGCAGUGGCUGCGCAGCUGCAAGCAAUGCAGGCUUGGGCACUUGAGCGCAAUAUUGAUCUGUCACUACCUGCAAAUGCAAAUUUAAUGGCGCAGCUUAUUCCUCUGAUGCAAACUAGGAUGGUUACACAGCCAAAACCAAACGAAAGCAAUAUGGGUGCACAGCCAUCACCAGUCCAAGGCCCAAAGCAGCAGGUGACUUCUCCACCAGUUGCAAGUGAGAAUUCUCCCCAUGGUAAUUCUUCAAGUGAUGUUUCUGGGCAGUCUGGCUCUGCAAAAGCCAGGCAGACAGUUCCACCAAGCCCUUUUGGCUCAAAUCCAAAUGCUGCUAUAGUUAACAACACUAACAACAUUCCAGUGCAGCAGUUUUCAGUUCAAGGCCGAGAGAGUCAGGUGCCUCCUAGACAGUCAGUUGUGAUUGGAAACGGAAUGUCCCCCAUGCAUCCCCCACAACCAUCUGUGAACAUGAGCCAGGGGGUGGACCAUCCAUUGCAUGCGAAAAAUACAUUAAGUGGCCAAGAAUCCUUACAAAUGCAGUACCUCAGGCAGUUGAAUCGAUCUUCCCCGCAAUCUGCCGUUCCUCCUAAUGAUGGGGGCUUGGGAAACCAUUACCAAUCUCAGGGUGGACCGCUUCCUCAGGUGCCCCAACAGCGUUUUGGGUUUACCAAACAGCAACUACAUGUUCUUAAGGCACAGAUACUCGCAUUUCGGCGUUUAAAGAAAGGAGAAGGUACUCUCCCUCAAGAGCUUCUUCGAUCUAUUGCUCCACCACCGCUGGAAUCACAGUUGCAGCAGGCAUUUCUUCCUGCCACAGCAAUUAAUCAAGAUAAAUCUGCUGGGAAGAAUGUAGAAGACCAUGGAAGGCAAUUGGAAUCUAAUGAGAAGGAUUCACAAGCUGUGCCAUCAACUAAUGGACAUAAUUUUUCAAAAGAGGAAGCGUUUGCAGGAGAUGAUAAAGCAACUCCAUCAACAGUUCAUAUGCCAGGUGCCCCUACUGUGAUGAAGGAACCCAUACUAGUUCUAUCUGCUGGGAAAGAAGAGCCACAAACUACUUCAUUUUCUGUUAAGUCAGACCAGGAAGUUGAACGUGGUAUUCAGAAAACUCCUAUUAGAAGUGAUUUUGCACCAGAUAGGGGAAAGGCAGUUGCACCACAGGUGGGUGUAUCUGACUCUCUGCAAGUUAAGAAACCUGUCCAAACAAGUUCCACACCCCAGCAAAAGGAUGCUGGCUCUACCAGAAAGUAUCAUGGACCACUAUUUGAUUUCCCUUUUUUCACUAGGAAACAUGACUCAUUUGGGUCAGCAAUGAUGGUUAAUAACAAUAGCAAUCUGACAUUGGCAUAUGAUGUUAAAGAUCUUCUUUUUGAGGAAGGCAUGGAAGUUCUUAACAAGAAAAGGACAGAAAACUUGAAGAAGAUAAGUGGUUUACUAGCAGUGAACUUAGAGAGGAAAAGGAUAAGGCCGGAUCUAGUUUUAAGAUUGCAAAUCGAAGAAAGGAAGCUUCGACUUUUAGAUCUUCAGGCACGUUUGAGGGAUGAAGUUGAUCAACAGCAACAGGAGAUAAUGGCAAUGCCUGACAGGCCAUACCGGAAGUUUGUUCGGCUAUGUGAGCGUCAACGAAUGGAGCUCAUGAGGCAAGUACAGGUCUCUCAAAAAGCCAUGAGAGAGAAGCAACUGAAAUCCAUUUUUCAGUGGCGUAAGAAGCUUCUUGAGGCUCAUUGGGCUAUCCGCGAUGCUCGGACUGCCCGUAACAGGGGAGUUGCCAAAUAUCAUGAGAGGAUGUUGCGGGAGUUUUCAAAGAGAAAGGAUGAUGAUCGGAAUAAAAGGAUGGAAGCGUUGAAGAAUAAUGAUGUUGAAAGGUACAGGGAGAUGUUGCUAGAGCAGCAAACUAGUAUUCCCGGUGAUGCUGCAGAGAGAUAUGUUGUUCUCUCUUCAUUCUUGACGCAGACAGAAGAGUAUCUUCAUAAACUGGGAAGUAAAAUAACAGCUGCCAAGAAUCAGCAGGAGGUGGAGGAAGCAGCAAAUGCUGCAGCAGCUGCUGCACGAGCACAGGGUCUAUCAGAAGAAGAAGUUAGGACAGCAGCAACUUGUGCUGGAGAGGAAGUAAUGAUACGGAAUCGGUUCAUUGAAAUGAAUGCCCCUAAGGAAAGCUCUUCUGUUAACAAGUAUUAUACUCUUGCGCAUGCUGUGAAUGAAAGGGUCAUGAGGCAGCCGUCAAUGUUACGGGCUGGAACCUUACGUGAUUAUCAGCUUGUUGGGUUGCAAUGGAUGCUCUCCUUGUACAACAACAAACUGAAUGGAAUUUUGGCUGAUGAGAUGGGUCUUGGGAAAACUGUACAGGUAAUGGCGUUGAUUGCUUAUUUGAUGGAGUUCAAAGGAAACUAUGGUCCACAUCUUAUUAUUGUUCCUAAUGCUGUUCUGGUAAACUGGAAGAGUGAAUUACACAAUUGGCUGCCAUCUGUGUCCUGUAUUUAUUAUGUUGGUGGAAAGGAUCAAAGAUCGAAAUUAUUUUCUCAAGAGGUGUGUGCCAUGAAAUUUAAUGUCCUUGUGACAACUUAUGAAUUCAUCAUGUAUGAUCGUUCAAAACUUUCAAAAGUUGAUUGGAAGUAUAUCAUCAUUGAUGAAGCACAACGGAUGAAGGAUAGGGAAUCAGUUUUGGCACGUGAUCUUGAUAGAUAUCGCUGCCAGAGGCGCCUACUUCUCACAGGAACACCAUUGCAGAAUGACCUGAAAGAACUCUGGUCGCUUCUAAAUCUGCUUCUUCCUGAAGUUUUUGACAAUCGAAAAGCUUUUCAUGAUUGGUUUUCGAAACCUUUUCAAAAGGAAGGCCCCACUCAUAAUGCAGAGGAUGAUUGGCUUGAGACUGAAAAGAAGGUGAUCAUUAUUCACCGACUUCAUCAAAUUCUGGAGCCUUUCAUGCUCAGACGCCGUGUUGAAGAUGUGGAAGGUUCACUUCCUCCUAAGGUUUCGAUUGUUUUAAGAUGUAAAAUGUCAGCUAUUCAGGGGGCUAUUUAUGAUUGGAUAAAGUCGACUGGAACCCUUAGAGUUGAUCCUGAAGAUGAGAAGCGCAGGGUCCAAAAAAAUCCAAUUUACCAGGCUAAGGUAUAUAAAACUCUAAAUAACAGAUGCAUGGAGCUCCGGAAAGCUUGUAAUCAUCCUUUGCUUAAUUACCCAUAUUUCAAUGAUUUCUCAAAGGAUUUCCUUGUGAGAUCUUGUGGGAAAAUGUGGAUCUUGGAUAGGAUCCUGAUAAAACUUCAGAGAACUGGGCAUCGAGUAUUACUUUUCAGUACAAUGACAAAACUCCUUGAUAUACUGGAGGAAUAUUUGCAAUGGCGACGACUUGUCUACAGAAGAAUCGAUGGAACUACUAGCUUAGAAGACCGUGAAUCAGCUAUUGUGGACUUCAAUAGCGCUGGUUCUGACUGCUUUAUCUUCUUGCUUAGUAUCCGUGCAGCUGGUCGGGGUCUUAAUCUUCAGUCAGCUGACACUGUUGUCAUAUAUGAUCCCGACCCAAACCCUAAAAAUGAAGAACAGGCAGUUGCUAGAGCCCAUCGCAUUGGACAGACCAGGGAAGUUAAAGUCAUCUACAUGGAAGCUGUAGUUGAUAAAAUCUCUAGCCAUCAAAAAGAGGAUGAGUUUAGAAGUGGAGGUACUGUUGAUUCAGAGGAUGACCUUGCUGGCAAAGAUCGAUAUAUAGGAUCCAUUGAGAGCCUCAUUCGGAAUAACAUUCAACAGUAUAAAAUUGACAUGGCAGAUGAGGUCAUCAAUGCUGGGCGUUUUGACCAGAGAACAACACAUGAAGAGAGACGCUUGACUUUAGAAACAUUAUUGCAUGAUGAAGAGAGGUAUCAAGAAACUGUUCAUGAUGUUCCCUCACUGCAGGAAGUGAAUCGCAUGAUUGCUAGGAGUGAAGAUGAGGUUGAAUUGUUUGAUCAAAUGGAUGAAGAGCUCAAUUGGAUUGAGGACAUGACAAGGUAUGACAAUGUACCUAAGUGGCUCCGUGCCAGUACAAGAGAUGUAAAUAUUGCCGUUGCAAAUUUAUCAAAAAAACCAUCAAAAAAUACUUUAUUUGCUGCUAAUAUUGGAGUGGAAUCCAGUGAAAAGGGUUCUGAUUUAUCUCCCAAAACUGAAAGAAAAAGGGGGCGGCCAAAGGGAAAACCUGUUUACAGGGAAUUGGAUGAUGACAAUGGAGAGUUCUCCGAAGCUAGUUCUGAUGAGAGAAAUGGGUAUUCAGCACAUGAAGAAGAGGGAGAAAUCGGAGAAUUUGAAGAUGAAGAGUUUAGUGGUGCUGUUGGUGCACAACCAAGCAAUAAAGAUCAAUCAGAGGAAGAUGGUCGAAUCUGUGAUGGUGGAUAUGAGUAUCUGCGAGCUCUGGAAAGCACUAGAAACAAGCAUAUACUUGAUGAAGCUGGUUCCUCUGGGUCCUCAUCUGAUAGUAGAAGAUUGACACAAAUGGUGUCUCCUUCUAUUUCUUCCCGGAAAUUUGGUUCUCUGUCUGCGUUAGAUGCCAGGCCAAGUUCUCUUUCAAAAAGGCUGCCAGAUGAGCUAGAGGAAGGGGAAAUUGCUGUAUCUGGAGAUUCUCACAUGGACCACCAACAGUCUGGAAGUUGGAUUCAUGACCGUGAUGAAGGUGAAGAUGAACAGGUUUUGCAACCCAAGAUAAAACGGAAGCGUAGUAUUCGGAUUCGGCCCCGUCACACUGUGGAAAGGACAGAAGAGAAGUCCAGCAAUGAGAAGUCGUCUCUCCAGCGUGGAGAUUCUUCUCAGUUGCCUAUGCAAGUGGACCAUAAAUACGAAGCACAGUUAAGAUCUGACCCUGAAGCCAAAUUGUUUGGAGAAUCCAAUGCUUUUAAGCAUGACCAAAGUGAUUCAUCAUUGAAAAGUAGGCGAAAUUUACCAUCAAGGAGAAUUGGCAAUACAUCAAAAUUGCAUGCUUCACCAAAAUCUGGCAAGUUGAACAGUAUGUCUGCUCGUGCAGAGGAUGUUGCUGAACACUCUAGAGAAGGUUGGGAUGGUAAAGUUAUGAACACAGGUGGCCCUAGGAUGCCGGACAUUAUGCAAAGAAAGUGUAAGAAUGUAAUUAGCAAGCUCCAAAGGAGAAUAGACAAGGAAGGUCAUCAAAUUGUACCUCUGUUAACAGAUUGGUGGAAGAGGGUUGAAAAUUCUGGUUACAUAAGUGGACCUGGGAAUAAUAUUUUGGAUUUACGAAAGAUUGAUCAGCGCAUUGACAGGCUUGAAUAUAUUGGAGUGAUGGAACUUGUGUUUGAUGUGCAGCAGAUGUUAAAGAAUUCUAUGCAGUAUUAUGGGCUCUCACAUGAGGUGAGAGUUGAAGCCAGGAAAGUACAUGAGCUCUUCUUCAAUAUCUUGAAGAUAGCAUUCCCAGACACAGAUUUCCGAGAAGCCAGGAAUGCAAUCUCUUUCUCUGGACCAGUAUCCACCCCUGCUUCUGCUCCAUCCCCAAGACAGGCAGCUGUUGGCCAAGGCAAACGGCACAAGCCAAUCAAUGAGGUGGAACCUGACCCUUCCCCUCCCCCAAAGCAACUGUUGCGAGGGGCCGCUGCCGCUGCCGCUGCCGCUGCUAGCGAAGACAUGAGGGCUAAAAGCCACAAUUCCCAGAAAGAAUCAAGGCUUGGAAGCAGCAGUAGCCGGGAUCAGGAUGAUUCUCCACUGCUUACCCAUCCAGGAGAUCUGGUUAUCAGUAAGAAGAAGAGAAAAGAUAGGGAGAAAUCAGCAGCAAAGCCGCGAUCAGGGUCAUCUGGGCCUGUGUCACCCCCUAGUAUGGGUCGUAGUAUUAGAAGCCCGGGUCCAGGUUCAAUGCAGAAGGAUGGGAGAUCAACUCAACAAGCUACACAUCAACAAGCGUGGGCUAGCCAACCUGCUCAACAGGCCAAUGGAGGCAGCAGUGGCGGUGGCACGGUUGGUUGGGCAAAUCCGGUGAAGAGGAUGAGGACAGAUGCUGGAAAAAGGAGACCAAGCCAUUUAUGACCCUGCCCCCAAGGUUAGUGUAUGACGUAAUGGAAAAAAGAAAUUUGUUGCUAUUGAUUCCUGGUGGUUAGUUUACUGGUGGCCUUUGAAGGCCUGUACAAGUGCCAUGCCCCAUACUGUUAAUAGUGUAAGCUUCUUCUUUCCUCCCAUGUAUCUUCUCUAUUUCCAUGAUUUGGAAUCCCAUAGUUAAUAGCUGCUCCUUGCAGGCAUAAAAUUCAUCCAUGAUGAACUUUUCGAUCACUUUAAUUUUUGUCUCCUUUCUUUGCCCUUU